AUGGGGUUCGAUACGGAGGUUUUGAUUGUAGGUGCGGGAAUGAGCGGUCUUGGGUUCGCGGUCCAACUUAUCCGCAAGUACAAUCUGCGUGGUUUUGAAAUCGUGGAGAAGAGCGAGGAUGUGGGUGGGACGUGGAACGUGAAUACGUAUCCUGGGUGUGGAUGUGAUGUCGCUUCACACUUUUAUUCGUACAGCUUUGCUCUGAAUCCAGACUGGAGCCGCAAAUACUCGCACCAACGCGAGAUUCAGGCGUAUUUCCGGGGCGUAGCGGAACAAUACCGAGUCCUUGAGCAUAUCCAGUUUCACUCUACGGUAGAGAAAGCGAGAUGGAAUAAGGAGGAUAAGAUUUGGGAAGUCGAGGUGUUGGAUUGGAAAACGAAGCAGAAGACGGUGCGGAGGGCGAAGAUUCUCGUGUCGGGCGUGGGAGCGCUGUCUGUGCCCAAGGCAUGCGAUAUACCAGGCGCAGAAACGUACAAAGGACGGUUAUUCCAUUCUGCAAAGUGGGAUCAUGAGUUUGAUUGGGGUGGGAAGGAUGUUGUUGUUCUCGGCAACGGCUGCUCCGCCACACAAUUCGUCCCCAUCCUCGCCAGCCCUCCCAACCCAGCCCGCACCCUCAUCCAAUUCAGCCGGCAAGCCCAAUUUCUCUCCGCCCGCCAGAACCCCAUCUACUCCUCCACCUUCAAAGCCGUCAUGCGCCACGUCCCCCUCGCCAUGCGCCUCUACCGUCUAAAAUUCUACAUCGACAUGGAGCGCGACUACAGCGGCUUCUCCAUCGAGUCCGGACACACCAUCCACCAGUCGCUCGCACGGGAAAACGCAGCGUACGUAAAGAACGUGGCGCCGCCGCGGUACUGGGAUGCGCUCAUUCCUACCGUCGAAGUCGGUUGCAAGAGGAAAGUGCUGGAUACAGAGUACCUGACGACGCUGUGGCGCGAGAACGUCGAGCUUGUAUCUGAUGAUUCUGUGGAGAGCAUCGUGGAAACGGGGGUUGUGACGAGGGCGGGGAGGGAGAUUAGUGCGGAUGCUAUUGUGUUGGCGACGGGAUUUGAGACGCAGCAGAUGUUGGUUCCAAUGGAGAUUGUGGGGAGGGAUGGGGUGGGGUUGAGGGAGUAUUGGGAUCAAACCUCGCGCGGCGUCGCGCAAGCCUACUUUGGCACCGUCGUCCCGCAUUUCCCUAAUUUCUUCAUGCUAAUGGGUCCGAAUACCGUUACGGGUCAUCUUAGUGUCAUAUACAGCGUCGAGUGCCAGAUCAAUUUCAUCUUGCGGCUUCUCGAUCCUAUUGUCAAAUCACUGCCGUCGUACCGGUCGCGGUCGCUGGUUCCGAGCUUCUUCGCUGCGGCGCCUGCGACCGUCGAAGUCAAGGCUGAAGCCGCGGCUACAGAUUCCCAGUGGACGCAAAAGGCGGCCAAGAAGCUGGUCUGGGCGACUGGAUGCGUGAAUUGGGCUGUUGAUCGUAAAACAGGGCUUAAUAAUAUGAUGUAUCCGGACUGGCAGUUUAUGUUUUGGCUCAGAAGUGUCUUUUGGAAGAAGAGCGAUUUUGUAUAUGUGGAUGAAGAGACAGGCAAGGAAGUUAAUCCACAUGUACGGAAGACAGUCCUGCGGCUGGUUACUGUUGCAGCGUUUGCCAGUGGCGCUUUUCUGGGCCGACACUGGAUAAGAGAUGAGCUACCUCGCAGGCUGAAGGACUUGGACACAAGGGCAUUGUUAGGGAGUCUGAGGGCGUAG